AUGUCGAAACUUCCAACUCGCAUGUUCGCUGGUGUUGCCAUCCCAGACACCCCACUCUUGACCAAAGCACUGGAGUACACCAAAGCACAUUCAACAGACUUUGCUUUCAACCAUGUGCAGCGGUCUAUGUUAUUUGGAUUCAUCAUGGCAUCCAAGAUCCCCAGCUUAGCAGACCGUGAUUUGGAAGUUCACGCUAUAGGAGCGUUGAUGCAUGAUAUCGGUUGGGAUCCUACAGGGGAAUUGGUGACCAAACACAAGCGAUUUGAAGUUGAUGGCGCAGAUGCUGCUCGUGAGUUUCUGCGUAAGGAAGCUCCUGACUGGAACAAGCACCGAUUACAGUUGGUCUGGGACGCUAUUGCACUCCACACCACUGGUAGCAUUGUUUUCCACAAAGAAGCUGAAGUCCAAGCAGUUGCUUACGGUAUCUGGGCAGAUUUUCAAGGCCCUGAUCGCAUUGAGGGUAAUCUGUUGACCUGGGAAGAGUACAACAAGGUAGUAGCUGAGCUUCCUCGUCUUAAUUUGAUGAAAGGGUUGAAGAAGUUGAUGUGUCACUUUUGUGAGACGAAGCCAGCUACUACGAUCGAUAAUACCGUAGGUGAGUGGGGGGACAAGUUUGUCGAGGGUUAUGAUCGAACGGGGAAACUAACUGCAGAUUUGUUGUUGACAUGCGAUUUGGAUGGAAAGAGUCUGUUAGAAGAGUCUGACUAG